AUGCAAGAGGAGCCUGUGAUUACCACAGAGCACGCCCUUGUAGAGGUGAAAGAGCCUCAAGAGCUACCUUUUCUAGUCGUGCAAACAGAACCAGAAGAUGAGCAACUGGCUCAUUUCCUAGCAGCACUCAAGAAGCUACAAGUCAAUAUCUCUUUUGCAGAGGUAUUGAAAAAGAAGACCCCCUAUACGGCCUGUCUAACAGGCAUUCUUUUAGAAAAGAAGGACCUAAGGGGAGAUGAGACUAUGGUACUGACCAAAGAGUGCAGUGCUUUAGUCCAAAAUAAACUACCAAGGAAGAUGCCAGACAUAGGGAGCUUUCAAUUCCUAUGUCCUAUUGAAAAUAUCACUUUUGACAAGGCCCUGUAUGAUCUUGGCUUAAGUUUAAAUCUGAUACCUUCAUCUAUGAUGAAGAAGCUAAGAAUCCAAGAGGCACAAGAAACAAGGAUUACCCUACAAAUGACUGACCAAUCCUUAAGGCAAUCACAUGGGUUAGCAGAGAACGUACUGGUGAAGGUUGGAGAGCUCUUCUUCCCUGCAGGCUCUGACAUGGAAGAGGACGCAAUUGACUCCAUCAUUCCAAAAAAACCACUAAAAGAGCCUUGA